AUGACUACCGCUCGGGUCCUGUUGUUUGGCUUCCUGGCCGCAGCCACCUCCGCAAUUCCCCUGCAACGAAGGGCCAGCGCGCCUUCGUUCUCCAGUAUCGUAGUAUUCGGGGAUUCGUUUAGCGAUAAUGGGCGCUUCUCGAACGGCAUCGUCUGGGCCGAGUAUGUGGCAGGCAAUCUAUCCAUCCCGCUCUACGAUUAUGCCAUAGGCGGAGCGACGACUUCCAAUUCCCUCAUCCAGGGGUACACCGGGCCGAAGAGCUCGAUUGCGGUGCCAUCGGUCGUCGAUCAAAUCGUCACAUUCUUGGGACAGAAGACUCCUCAAGGCGACAGCUUUUCGGCUUCUGAUUCGACUGCGGUUACGACGCCGCUCUUCGUUAUGUUUGCGGGCGCUAACGACAUCCUGUUCAAUGCCAAUAUCAGUGCUUCUCAGUCAUAUCAAGUCCUGGCACAAGCGGAAGCAGAGCUCCGAGACGCACAUCCCACAGCCGAAGUCCUGACGAUCACACCGCCAGACCUCGCGAGGUUACCGUAUGGCUUUUUCAUAGACAACAUAGCCAAACAGCAGCUGCAGACCUACACGGAUCUUCUUGGGGAUUUGCUGGGCGGCUCAAAGUCGGGGGCAGUAAACGUUGACCUGCGACCUCUCUUCGACGACUUCGAGUACUAUGCCACUCCCGAGGCAUACGGCUUCGCGGAUCUGGGGAAGUAUGGAAGUUGUCUAGUUGGGGCGUAUGGCGAGACGCCGAACGUGACGAUCUGCGGAGACGCCGAGAAGCAGGUCUACUGGGACGAAUAUCAGUGA